GAGAAUGUCCUACGAGCCCGCAGUGAGGGCUGCAGGGCGGUGCGUGCGCCAGUGGGGAGGGGACUCAGAACAAGGUGGCCGGUGAACACCGACCGGGCGCGCCCCUCGCAAGCUGCCCUUACCCAUGGCAGAAGAGCCGGAGCCAGACCUUGGGGUGGCCGAGGACUCAGAGGAGCAGGCCAUGGAGAUGCCGAGCUGGAAGGCUCCGGAGGACAUGGACCCCCAGCCAGGAAGUUAUGAGAUCCGACACUACGGACCAGCUAAGUGGGUCAGCACUUGUGUGGAGUCUCUGGACUGGGAUUCAGCCAUCCAGACUGGUUUCACAAAAUUGAAUGGCUACAUUCAAGGCAAAAAUGAGAAAGAGAUGAAAAUUAAGCUGACAGCUCCGGUGACAAGCUACGUGGAGCCCGGCUCAAGUCCUUUCAGCGAGUCUACCAUUACGAUUUCCCUGUACCUCCCCUCUGAGCAGCAACCCGAUCCACCCAGGCCUUCAGAGUCCGAUGUCUUCAUUGAAGACAGAGCUGAAAUGACGGUGUUCGUGCGGUCAUUUGACGGAUUCUCCAGUGGCCAAAAGAAUCAAGAACAACUUUUGACGUUAGCAAACAUUCUGAGGGAAGAAGGAAAGGUUUUCAACGAAAAGGUCUUUUACACUGCAGGCUACAGCAGUCCUUUCCAGUUACUUGAUAGAGAUAACGAAGUGUGGCUUAUUCAGAAAGAUGAGCCCUCCGUCGAGAACACAUAAGGAAACAAAGACACGAAGAAGCAGGGACGGACCUUCUGCUGAAUGCAGACGCUGACAGCACUCAUAGGUGACGCGUGUAGUGGCUAGCACUCUGCAUCGUGCUUCUUCCCAGUGUGCCUUUGUAGUAGCUUUAUUUAGAUACAGGGUACUCAGACAAAUCUGUAAGUGGGUCAUCACUCAGGUGACCUCCAUUUCUAAGAGGAUCCCAGACAAUGCCGUGGCAUUUCCCCCUUAUUGGCCUAUCACUGUUAUCUCGCCUCUCUACGCAGCUUUGCACACCAUUUGAAUACUCUCCCUUCCUUAUAACAGCAGUGAAAAUGGUAAAGAUGUAUUCUGUGUAGAAGUAAAUUAUGUUGGCUACAAAAAAAAAAAAAACCUUCCUUGCCUCCACUGUUGAGUUUUUCCAUUGGAUCCGUGUCCUCAUCCAACUGCUGCUCCCUGAACAAAGGAAGUUCUUACCUUAACAUGUUGACAAAAUUUGGAGGCAGGAAAUAAAUUCUAUAAGAUGAGACUGCCUACGCUACUUGACAGGUGUGCCUUUUGAGGAAAUAUACAGAUACCCAAUUGUAAUAUUCACUUGA